UGGCUAGGGAUGAUUUGCCGCUCUCCCAGGCUCCUGAGCCUGUGUAGGGAUCAGACAUGGAUUAUUGAUUUUCACCAUAGAGGCAAGGAGCAUGUUGAGUGAUAACGUGGAAGUCAGUAUAAUUUGAGUAUUUUUAUCCACAUAAUUUUUGUAUUUUGGGAUCUGUUAUUUUCAUUCUGCCGUAAAACACAACAAAGAAGAAGAAGUGGGCGCAGUCUUGUCUCGUGAUCACAACAGUUCAAUCGACCCUCGACUCGUCCUGUCUGGCUCGGGGGUCACUGUGCUUUUGGAAAGAUAGGGUACCUACUCCACUUCGCAGGAAUUUACCUCAUUAACUGUAUUCAUACAGGGAUGUACAAGGAGUCCAACACACGGUAGGGGGAGAGUGAGAAGAAUCAUGUGCUUCCUGUGAGGGAGCAGUGACAUGGAGGCUGAGGACAAAUCCUCCUCCUCUCCGCUGGAUUUCAGUGUGAAGCCUCCCAUCUCCCCUGGCAGCCCAUCUCACCUGACACACUUCAAACCCCUGACUCCAGAGCAGGACGAGCCUCCGCUCCGAUCAGCCUACAGCUCCUUCGUCAACCUGUUCCGCUUCAAUAAAGAGGAGGGGCGGCCGCCCUCGGUGACAGAGAAACCGGAUGUGGCUUUGACGUCAACCACUGGGGAGCGUGGGAGCUGGACCAGCCCAGCACACUCCAUCCACAGCUCUGGGACCCAUAGGAAACAACACCCCAACCUGCUCCGUAGAACAUCCACCGCCUCAGAGGGCCGUAGGAAACCGGAAACCCCCCUGAGCACUCACGACCCCCGUACGGCUGUUCAGCUCCGCACUGCUCUGAAAAGACUCAAGGAGAUCAUGGAGGGAAAGAGCCAGGACAGUGACCUGAAGCAGUACUGGAUGCCAGACAGUCAGUGUAAAGAGUGCUACGACUGCAACGAGAAGUUCACCACCUUCCGCCGCCGACACCACUGUCGGCUCUGCGGACAGAUCUUCUGCAGCCGCUGCUGCAACCAGGAAAUCCCUGGCAAGUUUAUGGGCUACACGGGAGACCUGCGGGCCUGCACCUACUGCCGUAAGAUCGCUCUGAGCUACUCCCAGUCUGCAGAUUCUGGCUCCAUUGGAGAGGACCUGUCUGCUCUGUCUGACUCCUCCGUCAGCUCCGUCUGCAUCCUGGAACCCAGCGAGCCUCGCACCCCGGUCGGAGGACGCAAGUCCAGCCGUAACAUCUUCCUAGAGGAGGACCUGGCCUGGCAGAGUUUGAUUCACCAGGAGUCUCAGAGCAGAGGUAUGAAUUCUAGACUGACUGGGCUUCAAGAGGAUGGAGGCAAGUCCCCAAUAAGGAAGCGGUCAGCCAGUGUGACCAACCUGUCCCUGGACCCGUCUGGCUCCUCCAUGUUGCCCUCCUAUGACAGCUCAGUGAGCCCCCAGACCAGUAGGACCACGCCCAAACCUGACCACAGUGAAGAGGAGAGGAAGAUACUGCUGGACUCGUCCCAGCUCAAAGACCUGUGGAGGAAGAUUUGUAACAACAGUACUGGCAUGGAGUUCCAGGACCACCGCUACUGGCUCCGUACAUACCCCAACUGCAUUGUGGGGAAGGAGCUGGUCAACUGGCUGCUGAGGAGUGGAACCAUCUCCACCAGGGCCCAGGCGAUAGCCAUUGGUCAGGCUGUGGUAGACGGUCGUUGGUUGGACUGUGUCACUCACCACGACCAGCUGUUCAGGGAUGAGUACGCUCUCUAUCGCCCCCUCCAGAGCACAGAGUUCUCCGAGACCCCGUCUCCUGACAGUGACAGUGUCAACUCUCUGGAGGGACACUCAGAACCCUCCUGGUUCAAAGACAUCAAGUUUUGCGACAGUGACACAGACCAGGUGGCUGACGAGAAUGACUAUGUCACGACCAACUCAUCCAACCCCAGUAAGAGGACGUCAGUCAGUAGUUUCCAAUCAGCGGUGGACAGUGACUCUGCUGCUUCCAUCAACCUCAAUAUGGAGCAGGACAACGUCAACUUCCACAUCAAGAAACAGUCCAAGUACCCCCAUGUACCACCGCUCCCCAAGGAGCAGAAAGAGUACCUGGUCUCAGAGGACGGAGGACAGAAUAUCUCCAUCAGUGACGCUUUCAUCAAAGAGUCCCUGUUUAACCGUCGUGUGGAGGAGAAAGCUAACGAGGUGCUGUUCACUCCUCUGGGCUGGCACCACAGCUCCCUGGACCAGCUCAGAGAGGAGAAUGGAGAGAAGGAGGCCAUGGAGAGGCUACUCUCUGCCAACCACAGCCACAUGAUGGCGCUGCUGCAGCAGUUGUUGUACAGCGAGUCCCUGUGCCUCUCCUGGCGUGACAUCAUUGUUCCCGUGGUGAGGCAGGUAGUGCAGACGGUGCGGCCGGACGUUCGCAGUUGUGAUGAUGACAUGGACAUCAGACAACUGGUUCACGUCAAGAAGAUUCCUGGAGGGAAGAAGUUUGACUCUGCGGUAGUGAAUGGCUUAGUUUGUACCAAGAACAUUGCCCACAAAAAAAUGAACUCGUACAUCAAGAACCCCAAGAUCCUGCUUCUGAAGUGUUCUAUAGAGUAUCUCUACAGAGAGGAGACCAAGUUCACCUGCAUUGAUCCCAUUGUGCUUCAGGAGCAUGAGUUUCUGAAGAACUAUGUUCAGCGUAUAGUGGACGUGCGUCCCAACCUGGUGCUGGUGGAGAAGACCGUGUCUCGUAUCGCUCAGGCCUUGCUGCUGGAGCACGGCAUCACACUGGUUAUCAACGUCAAACCGCAAGUCUUGGACAGGGUGAGUCAUAUGACCCAGGGGGACCUGGUCAUGUUCAUGGACCAGCUGCUCACCAAGCCUCGACUGGGAACCUGCCAAAAGUUCUACCUGCACUCCUUCCAGCUGGCCAACAAUGAGUUGAAGACUCUGAUGUUCUUUGAGGGCUGCCCUCCCCAGCUAGGCUGUACCAUAAAGCUUCGCGGGGCGUCUGAGUACGAGCUGGCCAGGGUUAAAGAGAUCAUCAUCCUCAUGGUGUGUGUGGCCUACCACUCCCAGCUAGAGAUAUCCUUCCUCAUGGAUGAGUUUGCCAUGCCUCCCAGCCUGGCCAAGACCAGCUUCCCCUGUCUCCUGGAGAGCACUACCGUCGAGGAGGAGAACCAGGAAAAUGAGACCGACCAGAGCACCCUCUUCCAGGGAGGAGAGACUGUGCUAGGGGACGAGGAGGAGAAUUCUGUGUCGGAAUCCUCCUCGCCUAAAGAUGUCGAGGUUGUCAAAGUUGCCAAGAACCAACUCCUGUCCUCCUCAUCCUCCCUGGUGGCCGAGGGGAUGGAGUCAGCAGAGGUCAUGACCUCCACGCCGUUGUCCAAUCCCCUGGCGCCGCCACCACCACCCUACCUCAUUGAUGACCUGGAGGAGUUAACAGAUGAGAUUGGGCUGGAGCAGGGGGAGGAGACUGAGGGGCGGAGCGGGUCAGGGGUUCUGGGGAGGGGUGAGUGGCAGGAGGAGAGCUCUGCUUCGGAGACGGUCCCCAGGCUGUUCAGAGACCCCCUGCAGGAUGACACAGGGCUGUUUGUCACAGAGCAGGUGGGCUCGACGGACGACCAUCUCAGGACGCUGACGGCAGGCUUCAAACAGGAGCUGAAGGACAUCAUCCUGUGUGUCUCCCCCUUCAUCACUUUCAGAGAGCCCUUCCUCCUCUCCCCCGCUGGCCUACGCUGCCCCAGCAGAGACUACUUUCCUCAACAGGUGUACCUCUCCCCACUGCUCAACAAGGACUUCAAAGAACUAGACGGUCGACGUAAGCGACAACUCCUCAAAGACUCCACCUCAUCAGGUGGAGGCAUGGCCAACGGAGGCCCUCGCCCCAUCCAGGUGUUACCCUCCCACCGCCUUACCAGUGCCCGCAUCGCAGAGCAUCUGGGCAGCAGCCAGGACUUGGCCAAGAUGCUGGCAGACUACCGUGCCCAAGGAGGCCGACUCCGACAGGAGGAGGCAGACCCCUUCGCCCAGCCCCUACCCCAGCCACUGGUCCGGGAGGCUCUGCCGUCCAAGCAACCCGUCAAGGCUGAUAGUGAGGAGGAGAAGCCAGGGGGACAGAACGACAUGACCUGGGCCUCCAAGCUGGACUGCCUGAACCCAGUGAACCAUCAGAGACUCUGUGUUCUGUUCAGCAGCUCCUCUGCCCAGUCCAACAACGCCCCCAACCCUUGCGUCAGUCCCUGGAUGGUCACGAUGGAGUUCUACAGAAGGAAUGACCUCACACUAGGAAUAUUCCUGGAGAGAUACUGUUUCAGGCCGUCCUAUCAAUGCCCCAGUAUGUUCUGUGAGACUCCCAUGGUGCACCAUGUGCGGCGGUUUGUCCAUGGCAGUGGCUGUGUUCAGAUCGUACUGAAGGAGCUGGACUCUCCUGUGCCUGGAUACCAACACACCAUCCUCAACUACUCCUGGUGCCGCAUAUGCAAACAGGUGACCCCCGUGGUGCCCCUGUCUAAUGACUCGUGGUCCAUGUCCUUUGCUAAGUACCUGGAGCUGAGGUUCUAUGGUCACCAGUAUACCAGGAGGGCUAAUGCUGAGCCCUGUGGCCACUCCAUCCACCAUGACUACCAUCAGUACUUCUCCUACAACCAGAUGGUGGCCUCCUUCAGCUACAUCUCAGUGAGACUGCUAGAGGUCUGCCUCCCUCCUCCUAAGAUCUUCAUCAGGAACCAGGGGCCCUCCAAGGGCCGGAUGCAGCAGGACCUCAAGGACUUCUCACAGAAGGUGACUCAGGUGUACCUGGCCAUAGAUGACCGCCUCACCUCCUUGAAGACGGACACCUUCAGCAAGACACGCGAGCAGAAAAUGGAGGACCUGUUUGCACAGAAAGAUAUGGAGGAGGCAGAUCUGCACAGCUGGAUAGAGAAGCUGCAGGCUCGUCUCCAGGCCUGUGGUAGUGACUCUCCCCAGCAGCUCCAGACUGUACUGGAAUCAGUGGUAGUGAAGAAACAGAGCCUGUGUGAAACACUGCAGUCCUGGAACAGCAGGCUGCAGGACCUGUUCCAGCAGGAGAAGGGCAGGAAGCGUCUGUCUGUCCCAGCCAGCCCUGGGAGACACCGACAGACAGACGACAGCAAGCCAAGUGCUCUGGAGUCCUCUCCACGCAACCCCUCCCCUUUAGUACAAAAUGUUGACAAAGAGGAUCGUCACCUCACUGCCAUGCCCUCAAGCUGGGGGUCGUCAUUGCUAGUGUUACCGUCACCAGGGGAGCCAGGCUCAGAACCCCUCUCGUCUGGACCCUGCUUUCCUGACCAGGAUUCCGUCAGUAUCCCAGAGGAUGUGUUUGAUGGACACCUGUUGGGCUCCAAUGACAGCCAGGUGAAAGAGAAGUCCACCAUGAAGGCCAUUCUAGCCAACCUGAUGCCAGGCAACAGUUACAACUCUAUCCCAUUCCCAUUUGAACCAGACAAGCAUUACCUGAUGUAUGAGCAUGAGAGAGUGCCCAUCGCCGUGUGUGAGAGAGAACCCAGCUCCAUCAUCUCAUUCGCUCUCCGCUGUAAGGAGUAUAAGAGUACUCUGGAUGAACUGUGGAAGACAACAUUGAAGACAGGAGGCGAGGACACCACCCUGUCCACCAGCUCUGGAGAGAGCCGGGUCAAGAACAGCCCAGCCAAGCCCAACGAGACCGCCUCCUCCCAGAUGGGUCUGGGCCGCAGCAGCAUGGACUCUGAGCCUCUUAAAGAUGCAGACAUAGGAGACAACCAUAAGAAGUCGACAGGAAACCCUCAUAUUGAAUUACAGUUCUCUGAUGCCAAUGCUAAGUUCUACUGUAGGAUCUACUAUGCUGAGGCGUUCCACAAGAUGAGAGCGGAAAUAAUGGAGAGUACGGAGGAUGACUUUGUUCGCUCGCUGUCCCACUGUGUCAACUGGCAGGCCCGCGGUGGCAAGUCUGGGGCUGUCUUCUAUGCCACCGAAGAUGACCGAUACAUUCUGAAGCAGAUGCCCAGACUAGAGGUUCAGUCCUUCCUGGACUUUGCCCCUCACUACUUCACCUAUAUCACUGGAGCCGUGCAGCAUAAGCGGCCCACUGCCCUAGCUAAGAUCCUGGGUGUGUACCGGAUCGGCUACAAGAACUCCCAGAACAACUCUGAGAAGAAGCUGGACCUUCUUGUCAUGGAGAACCUGUUCUAUGGCAGGAAGAUGGCCCAGGUGUUCGACCUCAAGGGUUCUCUGAGGAACCGCAACGUCAAGACCGAGUCUGGGAAGGAGAGCUGUGAGGUGGUUCUGCUGGAUGAGAACCUACUGAAGCUGGUCCAUGACAACCCUCUGUACAUCAGAGCCCACUGCAAGGCCAUCCUCAGGGCUGCUAUCCACAGUGAUGCCUACUUCCUGUCUAGUCACCUGAUCAUAGACUACUCUCUGCUGGUUGGACGAGACGACGCCACAGACGAACUGGUGGUGGGAAUCAUAGAUUACAUACGGACGUUCACAUGGGAUAAGAAGCUGGAGAUGGUGGUGAAAUCCACAGGGAUCCUGGGAGGGCAAGGUAAGAUGCCCACGGUGGUCUCUCCAGAGCUGUACCGAGCCCGUUUCUGUGAAGCUAUGGACAAAUACUUCCUCAUGGUGCCUGACCACUGGACAGGGCUGGGGGUCAACUGCUGAACUGUUACACCAGGGAGCUAGCCUGAGUCCUAGACCUGUUUGUGUUGUCUAGCCAAUUCCUAUGUCAUUUUUACAGCAUGUUUGGCAAGACAGCAUAAAUGGAUCUGGGACUCAGGCUACCAGGGAGCUGCUAGCUACAGAACACAACAUGGGCAUCAGUCACCAAGGUGGAGAGGAGACCGCAAUGCAGAAAAAGCCUUAUGCCAAUAGGGAACCAUAAUAGCACACUGGAUUGAUGGAUGAAGGUAAAUAAUAGAGGAAGAUUAAUGCCUUUUUUGUUGUUGAUGAAAUGCAAAGAAUGGCCAGUUUGUACGACUCAAUCAUUCCAUAAUAAUUAUCAUAUCAUCUUGCACAGGUAGACCUAGAUCUGGGUAAACUGUUUUAUCAUAAACUAGACAAGUGACUAUUCAUGACUGUUCUUUGGCAUGACUGAAGACAGUUUUUCCUGACCUGGAAAGAAAAACUCUUGUCCCUAAUGACAUAUUUCCCCGAGGGAAGAGAUUAUUUUGAAGGGCCAAGUUUUCCAACUGUUUCACAAGAUCACUGAGAGCACAAUCUUACUUGGUCCUAGUUUGAACAAACAAAUUGAUGUAAAUGUAUAGAGAUGAUGUAAUUAAAGAUUAUUAACUGAUUUCACAAGG